GAUCGCAUCAAAAUGGCAGCAAGGCAACGAAGACCUGUCUCCUCGUCUGGGAAGUUUCACGGACGAGAAGUUAUGCGGCCCGUUGUCAGUACAGACAUAAUGGGCAACAGAAAUGUUGAAGUGGUCCCAGUAGGUGCAUGGGUAGAGCCAGCAGAUGACGAUGUUCAGCCUGAUGCUGUUAUGGCAGCAAAAGAAGAGGAAGAGAAAAUCCGACGCAUGCAAGAAGAAAAGGAAAACAGAUUGAAAAGUUUUCAGCAACGAGUGAAGCAGCGUGUCAGCCAGGCAUCCAGGCUAAAGAGACAGCAGCAAAUUCAAGAGGCGGAGCAAGCUUUUGAACAAGAGCGAAGGGUCGUGCAACAGUCAUGUCUCACUGCUGAGAAUUCUAGAAAAGAUACCUGUCUGCAUCGUCAGGACUUGGAUUUGGCCAUCAGAAAUCGAUUAUUUCAGAAAUAUGGAGAGGAUAUGUCAACUUGGGAAAAGGACUCGGUGCCGGCAUUCAUAUCUCAUUCAGAUGUGAGUCAUGAGGUGAUGGACAAAGCUCGUCAACAAUUGAUGUCCAAGAAACUCUCCACACAGCCACAGAGAGUUGACCCCACGCCCGCCAGCUCAUGGGGCAGAGUGACCAGAGACAUUCAGACCCCCACAGUUAGGAAUAUGGUGUCGGUAGAAGAGUUGCAAACGUCAGCUGGCAGACAGAUAAACAAAAUCCACGGUGCUGAGGAGGGAGAGGAAGAACGUGAAUGGGAAGACAGAGGAUGUUUCUCAGAAGAAGAAUAUGACAGGGAAGACAAAGCCAAGGAUAGACAGAAGGAUUUUUCGGAAGACAGCAAAAGAACACAGAUGUCUGUGCAGUUUGACGUUGAAGAACAUUCUGGCAGACACAGAAGGAAGAAGCGACCAGAUUCGUCCAGACGGCAGACUUCAGCUCGUAUGCAGGCGCUGUUGUCUCAGGAAUCAGAGAGUGACAUCCUGGCGCGUCAGAGACGGCAGCAGGCGGCGGUGUCUCGGCGGGUGUUCAUGGACCGGGAGAGAGAGGCUGUGAGGGAGAACAUACGCAGACAGCAACAUAGGAAGAAAAUUGUCAGUCUGAAGAAAGAAAAAGAAGAAUACAGACAAGAGCUAGAAGAGAUGGCCCAGCGGGAGCUCGAACCCACCGACCCUGACACGGGGGAGACUGCCGAGGAGAGGAGACUGAGGGAAAAGCUGGAGGCUCUUGAGGUCAAGGCCAUGGUGGACCAGAGAAAGGAUCAGAUCCAGCGGACGCGAGAGAUGGAAAGGUACCUGGGGGCUCUGAGGCACAGCCUGAUUGAGAAGGUGAGCCGUCGUGGCAUGCAGCUCCCUGCCUUGUGUGCGUGCGGAGACUCUGUGUGGGAUACAAACCCAGAGACAUGCGCCAACAACUGCUUCUUUUACAGAAACCAUAGAGCCUACGCACGAGCACUUCAGUCUCUACUGUCAUCGGCUGAAGUCAUGUGACCGCUGUUGGCAACAGAACAGCUCGGCAGGGAGUCUAAAGUGUCUCAGUACUGGAAGCUAAGGGAAAGCGAGUCUGUGAUUAUUGGAUGAAAAAUGUGUGCGCUACUUUUUUAGUACAAUAUGGACGAUGAAGAUCUUUCUUAGAAGGGGUAUAUAAAUAUAUUAUGUGGAAGCUGUUUUUGGUGACGAUACCAUAGUUUACUGGUUAGGCUGCUGGACUCACAACUGUCAAAUCCUAGUCUGGCCCAAACAUUGUGUCCUUUGGGGAAAACAUAUUACACACAUAUUGGCGGUGUCCGACUCUAACUGCGUAUUCGCAAAAUUAGGUCAAACACUUGUGUGUGUGUGGGGGGGGGGGGGGGGGGGUGAUUUUGUUCUUAUCUUCCACAAUUGCUAAAAAUCUUUGUGUACUUGAAUAAUAUGGUUUCAGACAAAAGACAUGUCUGACCUAAUUUGGUGGAUACAUGGUUAGAGUUGGUGGCACGGACGAUAUAAUUUUCCUGACUUCACCCAGAGGUGAGAAUUGGUAUCUCAGUAUCUGGCUAAAGGCAGUGCAAGGUCUUGUCAGUAUAUUGGUGUUGGAGUUGAGUCAAGGAGAGAUCUUGUCACCAUGCCAGUGUUAGAGCACCUGUCAAAUGGUAACUUGCACCAAAUGCUUCCCAGGGAGAUGAUAGUUUUGUGGAAUCUUCUUGGGUCUGUUGGGGUAAUAUUAAAUUGUUAAAAUGCGUAGAGCCAACUUUCUAGUCAGGAUAAGGGCCUCAGUACUAUAAACUUUUAGUAUUAUUAUUUCUGCUGUCAGCCAUUAUAAGCAAAGACUAGAAAAUUUCUGCAGAAAAAAGGUGUAGUAUGCACAUAGCGAAAUUGAUAAAAGUGGAAAUUUUGAUUUUUUUUUGCAGUACAUUAUACAUUCUUUGUUUUUAAUACAGGUGCAAAGCCAAAUUUGUACAUAACGAAAAGAUUUCUGCAUCCCAAUAAUUUUGCGAUGAAAGUACUUAACUGACAUAUAUAUUUUAAGGACAAAUUCCGGACCUGAAAAAUCUGUUAACCACAUUCGUGUUAAGCUAUGUGUGUGUUACACUGACGUAGUUUCAUAUAAUAUUAUGUCUUAAAGUGUAACUUUUUAUCACAUACCAAUUACUAGUAUAUAUAUAUAUUCCGUGAGAAGCCUACCCAUGCUAUAUGAUAUUUUUUACCUUUCUCAUACCAUGGAUGUCAUAGCAUGCUAUGUCUGGCUGGUAAAUUAUCAGCUUGCAUGACCAUAUUAUAUGGGGAAUGAUUCUCAAUAUUAUUUCACAUGACAAUAAAAAAGAAAAAACAAGU